AUGAUUGAGGUUCCUGGUAUUGCUGGGACACCAAGUCCUUUCCGGGGUUCUCAGAGAGUUUGGACCUUGCCCACUGCCCAAGCAACCACUCCAUCAAUCAUAUCAGAUCAGGGCUCUGGCAGUGGAAAAAGAAAGAGGCCAUGCACUCCGCGGGCCCUGCCAGAUGGUGGGCAUUUGCUCAGAGAUGCUAUAGAUGAUAAGGUGGGGGAUCUGGUGUCAUUCCUGCUCCUCAGAUAUCACAGAAAGGAGGUGGCCACAAAGGCAGAUAUGCUUAGUGUUCUCAGAGAUUACCAAGACCUUUUCCCUGUGAUCCUCAGCCAAGCUGCUGAGUGCAUGGAGCUGGUCUUUGGUAUUGAUGUGAAGGCGUUGGACUCCACAGGUCUUUUCUAUGUCUUGGUCAACACCUUGGGUCUCACCUACAAUGAUCUGUUGGGUGGUGAUGAGGAGAGCAUGCCCAUGGCUGGCCUCCUUGUAAAUACCUUGAGUAUAAUCUUCGUAGAUGGCAACUGUGCCCCUGAGGAAAAGGUCUGGGAAAUGCUGCGUAUCAUGGGGCUGUAUGCUGGUAUGAACCAUUUCAUCUAUGGGGACCCCAGGGAGCUGCUGACCCAAGUGUGGGUGCAGGCAGGGUACCUGGAACACCGGCAGGUGCCCAAUAGUGAUCCUGCCCGCUAUGAGUUCCUAUGGGGUCCCCGGACAUAUGCGGAGACCACUAAGAUGAAAGUCUUAGAGUUUUUGGCCAAAGUCCAUGGUACCACCCCCAGUGCUUUUCCUGACUUGUAUGAAGAUGCUUUGCAAAGUGAAAAAACAGGACCCCAAACCAGAGUUGUAGCCAGGGCCAGGACCAGGGCCAGGGCCACGGCCAGGGCCAGGGCUGGGACUUGUGCCAGGACCAGGGCCUAUUCCAGGGCCACAUCCAACAGCUCCUCUUGCCCCAACUGA